AUGAAGGUGUUAUAUCUGUUGUUCAUUGCUGUCACUGUAGCGACGGCGGACGAAAAUUGUCCUGAAGUAGUAUCUCACGACUGUAUUCCAAUGCAGCAAUGCAUUGGUAAAGGAAACAAGACGUAUACGCAUCAUAUUCCUUAUCUCGACGACUGUCAUAAAUAUUAUAAAUGCUUAGGACAUAUUGCAUGCCUACUAUGCUGUCCAAGGUUCGGCAUUGGACAAAAUCGGCUGGUCUUCAAUCCUAAAGAGCAGGUCUGUGACUGGCCAUUUGAAAUACCAGAACUAGAAGCAAAAUGCUAUGACAUUUUUCCAUCGACCUUCCCGCCAACUACUCCACCGAAACCGACCACCUCGCCAACUACUCCACCGGAAUCGACCACCUCGCCAACUACUCCACCGGAACCGACCACCUCGCCAACUACUCCACCGGAACCGACCACCUCGCCAACUACUCCACCGGAACCGACCACCUCGCCAACUACUCCACCGGAAUCGACCACCUCGCCAACUACUCCACCGGAACCGACCACCUCGCCAACUACUCCACCGGAACCGACCACCUCGCCAACUACUCCACCGGAACCGACCACCUCGCCAACUACUCCACCGGAACCGACCACCUCGCCAACUACUCCACCGGAACCGACCACCUCGCCAACUACUCCACCGGAACCGACCACCUCGCCAACUACUCCACCGGAACCGACCACCUCGCCAACUACUCCACCGGAACCGACCACCUCGCCAACUACUCCACCGGAACCGACCACCUCGCCAACUACUCCACCGGAACCGACCACCUCGCCAACUACUCCACCGGAACCGACCACCUCGCCAACUACUCCACCGGAACCGACCACCUCGCCAACUACUCCACCGGAAUCGACCACCUCGCCAACUACUCCACCGGAACCGACCACCUCGCCAACUACUCCACCGGAAUCGACCACCUCGCCAACUACUCCACCGGAACCGACCACCUCGCCAACUACUCCACCGGAACCGACCACCUCGCCAACUACUCCAUCGGAACCGACCACCUCGCCAAAUACUCCACCGGAACCGACCACCUCGCCAACUACUCCAUCGAAAUCGACCUCGCCGUCUGAUGAUAAUCCAACUCAUGCGCCAAUAGUAAGUAAUUGUCCAUCAAGUGGAGUCGUACAUAUACAGCAUGAAACUGACUGCAAUAAGUAUUACACAUGUCACGAUGGAAGAAAAUCGUCUGUAAAAGUAUGUCCAGUAGGUACGCUUUACAACCCUAUAAUUGGUGCGUGCGACUUGAAAGAACAUGUUCGCUGUGAGUAAGAUGAAUGUAAAAGAAAGAUCUUUCUGU